ACGAGACUCCGAAAUACGGAAGCAAGUACUGAAAUGCUAACUAUCAAGCCCAUAAAACACAUGACAAAAAAAUGCCAGGAAUAAUUUUAUUUGGGCGGCGUUGGGGGAUUGGUAGUGACGAUUUUGUCUUUCCAGUUGUAGCCGAGAUAUUUUUGAGAUUGGCAUGGUUGAUUGCCAUUUCAGUUGUGUUCCAUAUCCAUCAAAAUGAACCUGAGAGCUGCUCAGGUGGAACUCUACUACAGGCCUACUUCAUUGGUGCACUGUGCCUUUUGUGUUUGACCAUAGUGCUGGACAUGUUUAUUGUAUACACCAGCAUGCAGGGCUCAAUCAUGUACCCCUACCCUAGGAAGCGGAUGCCACGUCUGCUUUAUGUAAAGAUACUUGUGUCUGUGCCUGAGCUAGCCUGGAUUGUACUGGGAACUUAUUGGUCAUUUGGACUUGCCAGUGGCUGUGAAACCAGUGUGGUAAUGACAGUGAAGGGAGCUGUUCUAUGUGGUUGGGUCAUUGCUUUCCUUAUCCUUAUAGGUCUUUUCAUUGUAUUUGACCCACUUGGUGGUCUGCGUGCCAAGAGAUCACAGCUAAAUGGAGAGUUAGAAAGCAGCACACAGAAACAGAUGAUGACCACUGCACAACAUACAGCAUUGAAGACAUGGGAAAGGAGAUGUAAAAUCCUGUGCUGCUGUGUAUCAUGUGAUGAUCAAAGUCAUGAUGCCUUUACAGAAAUUGCUAAACUAUUAACUGACUUUUUCCAGGAUGUGGAAUUGGACCUGGUUGCUACUGACAUUGCAGCAGGACUCAUACUGGUCAAUAGGGAACAGGAGGUGUCCCAUCUCACUGUGACCGUAGACAGAACAUGUGAAUCUUAUGGUGCACUGUCUCAAGAAACAACACCUAAGUACAACCCGAUAACCACAGCGGGUCAGGUCCCAGACACCCUGGCCGCAGGCACCAGGGUCUCACUUGACCAUCCAAGUUCAUCAUCAUCCUCAAGUGGCGGCAAUAGUAUUUGUAACCAGGAGAGGCAAGUGCCACCACAGGACUGGAUGACCAUUAGAAACAUGAGUCAUUACAUGAAAUAUGCCAUGGCCAGUUAUGGAUGGCCCCUCUUCAUUUUUGCAAACCUAUCACUUGGUCUCUGUAAACUGUGUGGCCAAUGUCGAUGCUGUGCCUGUGCUCGAGAUGGCGGGGAGGUUCACUAUGAUAACUGUUGCCAGUGUCACACUGCAGCUAUCAGGAAAUGGACAGAUGUGGAUGAUGCUGACCUCCUCUAUGUUAGCUUCUACAACAAGAUUUAUGCUAUUCCAUUUUUUGUGGCUAUAGACAGAAAAGAAAAGUCUAUUGUUGUGUCUAUCCGAGGAACAUUAUCACUGAGGGAUGCACUGACUGACAUGUCAGCUGACAGUGUGUGUAUAGAUCAGGGAGAGUCUACAGACUGGAAGUGCCAUAAAGGGAUCUACCAGGCAGCCUGCUACAUACGAGAUGAACUAGUGAAUAAACACAUUCUGGAGAAGGCCUUUCAGCAGAACCAGGGUGCGAGACUGGUGAUCACUGGUCAUAGUUUAGGGGCUGGAGCAGCAGCUCUUCUGGCCAUUCUCCUUAAACCUCACUACCCAGAUCUUAUCUGCUUCACCUUUUCUCCACCAGGGGGCCUCCUCAGCUAUGAGGCAAGCAAGUGUUGCUCUGACUAUGUGUGUUCUGUGGUGUUGGGACGAGACCUUGUGCCCAGACUUGGUAUUCGCUCUAUGGAACAUUUGAAAACCAGUAUAUUGACAGCAAUUCGUCGCUGUGAUAGACCGAAGUAUCAGGUGAUAGCCAGUGGGAUGUGGCAGGCUGUAUGUGCCCUUUGCCCCGGAGACAAUGCCAAUACCUGUGGAUGUGGAAUUGAUCAACCUCUCCUGUCUGACAAUGUAUCUUCUGCCUAUGUCACUGGCCAGAGGAAUGUAGAGGAAGCUAUUGAGAGCGCCAUUAUGCAGAGUGAGCAGUGCAGGAUUACUUUCCCCACCAUGUUUCCUCCUGGACAGGUCCUACAUAUUACCGAGGUGGACUCAGACAAGUCAUGUUUUGCCUCACCAACAUAUUUUGCUGAAUGGAAAAUGCCUGCAGACUUUCAAGAAAUUUUGGUUAGUCCAGACAUGUUGACAGAUCAUCUUCCGGAUAACGUAUGGAAAGCACUUGUCCAGCUGACUGAUAAACAUUUUAACCCAAAACCUCCUCGCUAUUCAACAACUGCCAUAUAACACCCUAAACAUUUCUGAAAGCAGUUAUGUUUGAUCAUGGUGCCUUUCUUCAAUGAUUAAAUGGUUGCUUUGAGAUAACCUAUUUUUGAUAUUACAUGCUUUACUAAAAUUUAUUAUGUCUGAGUCAUAUACAAUAAUCUUUUCUAGAAGUACAGCACUGUUUUGAUGAUCUCGAUGACAACUCUUGUAAACAAUCUGUGAUGACACCUCCCAUCAGAAAUCUAUGAUGACACCUCCUGUCAGAAAUCAAUGAUGACAGCUCCUGUCAGAAAUCUCUUGAAGCCUGUCAGAAAUCUAUGAUGGCAAUUCCUGUCAGAAAUCUGUUAUGACACCUGUCAGAAAUUUAUGUUGACAGCUUGAGUCAGAAAUCUGCUCUUCAAUGCGUUUAUACUGUUGAAAAGAUGCAAUGGUUUAAGAACUCCUUUAGCAAUGUAACAGUUUGGUUAGAAUGUUGUCAUUUAUUUUAUGGAGGGACCGUUUGAAUUAUCUAUAUCGCCAAUAUACUCAAUUAAUGUAAGUUUAUAUACAGCCAUGACAUAAUGCUUUAUUCUCUUCCAUUUCCAAAGUGCCAAUCAUGAUGUUUCUACCAAAAUACAUGUGCCAUUGAGUUGAUUGCCUAGUGCUGGUGAGACCUUUAUAAGAGUUUCACCACUAGGUGUCGCUAUUGUCUACUGCCUUACAGUAUGAUCUUUGUUGUAUUAUUUAUUCUGCUGAGAUUUUAUUAUUGUAAGAUAAUAUUUAUUAAAAGGAAUUUUAAAAAGA